CCAGGAGGAAGGUCUGGGGGAUGUGGGGACCCUGAGAGAGGGCUAGACAACUGGCUACUGGUGGCCUCGUUGGGUGUGCCCAUUUCUGAGAGAGCUGGUCACAGACAGCUGGAACUAAAGGUCAUGGGCUGGGGGCCCCCACACACCAUUUUUCUGAUGAGGAAACUGAGGUACACAGGAGGGAAGAGGCUGGCAAGUGCCUCACAGCUUCUUAGAGCAGAGCCAAGAUCAGGAUUUUAGGCUAGAAAGGUGCCCUGUCUCACACGAAGGGUCUCCACCCCAAGUCCCAGCUGGACAGCUCAUUCUAAUCGGGACCUCAGCUGUUAUUACCUCCCCCACCACGCGCGCGCGCGCCUCUUGUAGCUGCAGCGUAUAGUCCUCUGGCCAACAGCUGGAUUGGAAACUGCCCACCCAGGUGGAACCCUGAUCCCAGGGCCGCGCCCAGGCCCCCAGCUCCAGCUCCCGCAGACGCAGCGUCCAUCCUCUGACAGACACCCGCUCACCCUCGACGCUAACACCGGAUGCCCGCGUCGCCGACCAGCGCAGACGCACAGCCAGACGCUCUCGCUCCUCGCGCGCGCCGCCCCUCGGACCUCAGCCUCCCACCGACUCCCGCUUCCAUCCCACCCUACCUUGCCGGCUUCCCACCCAGCGCGGUCCGCCUGCGCCUCCUGGCGGCCGAAUCCAGAAUUGCCCGAUAGAGACGGAGGAGGGAGGGAAAGGGAGGGAAGAAAAAAUUCGGUUCUCCCCUCCCGCCGCGUCUGUAGUUCCCACUUGUGAGCCCAAGGGCAAGGGCCAGGACACGAAGAAUCCAGAACGGGCUCUGGCCUCCCUCGACAGUCUGGGUUUCUCCCUUAUGGAUUUGGGGGAAAUUAUUCCCUAUUUGUAUUUAUCCAAACGCCCUCUGGGGUAGGGAGUUGGGGGACUGGGCGUGCUUCCGACCCCAUCCUCCAGUCAAGCCUGGCUGUGGUCGUCCUUGCGGUGACGCAAACCUUACUAACCUGGAUUUUACUCCUCCUGUUUUAGGGCGCUUUACUCUUGGCAUUCACCUUCAUAUGCCAUAUGACCCUCAAGAGCAAUUCCUCACCACUGAAGAGAGACCCAACGGGGGCUCCAGUGGCUCCCAGCGCUUGUUCUCAGCACUCCAUAAGUAGAGUGAGCAAACCCUUACCUUUGCUUUCACUGGAGAAUUUCCUCUAUGCUCCUUCCCCCAUGGACAUUUGGCCCAGCCUGACCACCUUGUUCCCUCACUCAAUUUUUAUUGAGCACCUGCUCUGUGUCCAGGACUGUGCUGGGUUUGAGGAUAACAACAAGAUUGAUGUGACCCCUGCCUCCUUUAAUGUAGCUUACACUCUAGUAAGGGAGACUCUCAGUGCACCCACGAACGCUCAUAAACAAAAGAUGAUCGACUUUACAGAAUGAUAAACACUGUAAGGAAAAGAGUCUGAUAUGAUGAACAGUAAGUGCCAGGAACAGCAUCACCCAGGAGGUAACAAAUGAACCUGCUUGCCAAGACACUCCAGGUAGUGGGAGGCUCUGAGGUGGGAAUGAACGUGGCCAUUGGGAGAAAGGAGGGCUGGCCAGCAUUGUAGAUUGCCAGGAGCUGGGGCUGCUGCUUCUGGCCAAUGAGUCCUUUUAGUCACAGGACGUUGAGCAGUAAGAGCAUUGGCUCUGGAGUCAAGGGAUUUAGGUUCUAAUGGUCCUCUGACACUGGCUGCGGGAAUGUGGAGGGGGGCCUCCUAGUGCCUCAGUUUCCACGUCUGUAUGUCCAAGCCUACCUCACUGGACUGUUGUUGAGUCUAUGAAGGCACUUGGCUCAUGGGAACAACAAAAUAGUAGUUCCCUUUUCACUCUCCCCUCCACUUCUGCUGAAAUACCCGUUCCAUUAAGGGAAACUCACGAUUUUGCCAGAAGUCUUUGUGCCUUAUUGACGGGUAUGGCUAUGAUGGUUAGGAAAUUCGGCUGUAAAUUGGGAGGAAAUGUCCUCCCUGCAGCUUCCGUUGGAGGCCCCAAGCCUUUCCUCCUCCUUCCCCGCCCCACUCUCUACCUUUCUCCCCAACACACACACACACACACGCGCGCGCGCGCGCGCCACUGGGAUUGAGGACAAUAGCCUAGAAACUUCAGGUCCCGACCGGAGUCUCCAGAGCCGGGAACUCUGGCGACUGGGAGCGUAGCGCUGAGGUUGAAACAUUCUACCUACAGUGAGCCGCUCCCUUAGUUACUAUUAUUUCUAAGCGUUUCCUAAAUCCGCGCCCUCGGUAGGGCGGUUUACGUUUCCUGAGCUCAGCGCCGCCUUGCGGCGAGUCCUGGUUAUUGCUUUCUCUUGGCCUCUCUGCCCAAGUAAACUCCGGGAGCGCCGAGCCGGGAGUUGAGCGCUGGUCUGGGAACUCAAGCUUGGGAGGAAAGGAGCCACAAUGGGAAAGAAGACCGAGGGUAUGAGGAAAGUCUCUUGCGGAGAGCCGCGUCUGAUCCCGUCCAGCGUCGCUCGAAAGAGGUAGGAGGUGGAGUUUAGACGUUGGAUAGAACUCCCGAGCCUCAAGUCAAGAAUUUGAGGUCUUAGCCGGGUGGCCUGGUACCCGGGUACCCUGGUACCCGGAGGUACCAGAGUGGCCUGGUACUUCCAUCACUAAAGGGCUAGGCCAGGGAGGGCGCAUUCUGCCCAGAGGUCGCGAGCGCUUUGCCUGACUCAGGCCCCCCAAAAAGAAAAAGCGGAGUCAGCCUCAGCUGCGGCGGGCGCAGGAUGUAUGCCUCAGCACUUUCUAUUGUGAUUCCCGAGGGCUGGGGCCAGAUUGACUGCUUUGGGAAAGGCCUGGGCUCCCCCAAAGGACACCAGAACUGACCGCAGCCUGCCCGCUGACUCAGCUCCCCCACCCCAGCGAAAGAGAAUGCGGGAGGGGGGCGAGGCCCAUUAUAAAGACCCGCACGCCCGGCCCACGCGCAGCCUCUCCGAUUUCCGUCAGUACAACCCUCACCCCACCCGCGGCAUGAGCAGCGCCCCCGCGCCGGGCCCGGCGCCCGCCAGCCUCACACUCUGGGACGAGGAGGACUUCCAGGGCCGCCGCUGCCGGCUGCUGAGCGACUGCGCGAACAUCGCCGAGCGAGGAGGCCUGCGCAGGGUGCGCUCUGUCAAGGUGGAAAAUGGCGCUUGGGUGGCCUUUGAGUACCCCGACUUCCAGGGACAGCAGUUCAUUCUGGAGAAGGGUGACUAUCCUCGCUGGAGUGCCUGGAGCGGCAGUGGAGGCCAUCACAGUGACCAGCUGCUCUCCUUCCGCCCGGUGCUCUGCGCAAAUCACAGUGACAGCCGUGUGACACUGUUCGAGGGGGAGAACUUCCAGGGCAGCAAGUUUGAACUCAGCGAUGACUACCCAUCCCUGCCCUCCAUGGGCUGGGCCAGCAAGGAUGUGGGUUCCCUCAAAGUCAGCUCUGGAGCGUGGGUGGCCUACCAGUACCCAGGCUACCGGGGCUACCAGUAUGUACUGGAGCGGGACCGGCACAGUGGGGAGUUCCGUACCUACAGUGAAUUCGGCACACAGGCCCACACUGGGCUGCUGCAGUCCAUUCGAAGAGUCCAGCAUUAAGCUUCACUGCCUUGUAACUUCUCCUGAGGACCCUCAAUAAAGGCUCCUGAACCUGCCUGCC